AUGAACAGUCUGCAUGCAUCAUCCAGCGACAAUUUAUGCAUGAUCCAAACAUCUGAAUACAGCUUCUCCGAACGAGCUAUGCCUGGCGAUGAUCAGUUAGAGGUUGCUUACCGGCAGCUGUGGCUGUACGCCAUGCGCCAUUACCCGCAAAUGCCCCGGGAUCCAAAACGAAAAGAGCGGCUAGCCCGAUCAGCGAGCGCCACCGCAAACGAGCGUGUUGUAUGUGACAUGGGUCGAUUAGCCCGUCGGUUGGGUUUCGAUUCAGGCAAGAUCCAGGAACUAAUAGGACAAGCUCCUGACCGGCUGAUCGCGAGAAAUGCUCUGAUUCAGGCUCGUGAUCCGGAAGCUUUUGAACAUGAUAGUCCCACUGUUGAUUCUAUCGUGGAUCAAAUUAUCGAUUGUUUUGACAUGCUCCGCCCGAAAGGCGUUGUUAGCGCACCACCAAUUUCUGUGAGCCGCUCGGUGCCCCGCAAGUUUCGCAGUGGACACCCUACGCUGAAAGACCUCAUGCAUGAUCGUUCACUUCUCUUCCUAGAUAAUAUACAUGCUGCCACAGCCCCAGGCCGGGUUACAACAGCCUUCGUUCGACGCUGUGUCUAUUUGGCGUUCUUCGGGAGCCAGCCUGGCGAGAUCCACCAUCACCGGGAUCCCUUGCAGCAUAUGUGCAAUAGUAGCGAUGGCUUUAGGCAGCACACACAGAUAUCGGGUUCGAUCUCACCUUUAAUGCAUGUCAAUCACGGCGGUCCGCAAAGCCAUACUGCUGUGGGGCCCGUAGCUAAACGAAGAGCAUCACAAGCAGAUCUGGGACGUAUUCAGCAAGAAGCAAGGUUCCAAGAAAGCACGUCGCAGACAGCAGAGAGUACUUACCUACAAAUGAGAAGUGAGGAUAUAACUCAACAACCACAACAACAAACGCGCAGCACGAUGGCAAUCAUUGCUACGGAAGGGACAAUCAAUGCCACUGGAGACCCAUGCAUACAAAAGGGUCGCGACUUGCACUGUGAAGCCAUGGAGGGGAUUUCUGAUAUCGGUGUCACAAUAGGGGCUACUAACAAUAUGUAUCAGCUAGAAAACGAUCAAAUAGCCCUCAGUCCUAAGGGAAGUCUAUUGAAAAGCUCAUAUACAGGCAAGAUCAACAUCGUGUUCUAUGUAUACGAUGAGCACUCCCACUGGAACAUCUCCGCGGUACUCCGAGUCAACCCGUCCGAACCUAAUAGUGUGUCUGAAUUUAGGCGGGCCGUGCAGAGAUACAAACAGCGAGGUAUCACAUUAUGUGAUAUGAAGAUGCGAUCAGUCAGCAUAUCAUCCUGUUUAGUGGCAGCAAUGGCGGACGGGCAGAAUGUACUGCUCUUGUUUCCGCCGGGGACACGACAACUGUGCCAAUCCCCAGCUAUCCCUAGCGGGCUGCCAGUACCCGAUAUUAGCUAGGAGGGGGCCUCCCAUAUUUUAUCUUGACAAACAGCAACUAUUCUAGGUAUAGUAUGAUAGUAUGACCUCUCAACCUAGAUCUAAACUAUCCCGACUAUUAUGUGUUCA